GUUGGCGUGACAUAAGUUUGUUUAUAAAUAUUAAAUACUUUCAUUUUUCAUUAAUAUUGAAGAUACAAACCAAAUAGGUAGCCGUGUUUAUUGGUGACCUUCGUAAUGGAUGAAAGUAAAGGUACACCAGAGAGUGAGUUUAGUAUAGAAUGUUUUCAGAAUUACUCUGCACCAGAAGUGUUCAUACAAGGAUUAGCUGGAAUAGUAGACCAACAAGAUGUAGAAAUAAUGAUCAGAGCUCAAAAACAAAUGUUGCAACGUUUUGAAAAAACAAAUGAAAUGCUUACCAAUUGCAAUGCACUUAGUAUAUCAAGACUUAAGACUGUUGGGCCUGAAUUCAAAAAGCACAUCCAACUCCUGACAGAAACAAAGAAAGAUCUGGAUUAUAUAUUUAAGAAAAUUAGAGUGAUUAAAACAAAACUAUCAACACAAUAUCCAGAUGCUUUUGCUGAAGCAGUCAGGAGUAGUUUUGCUGAAGAAUGCGAAGAAGAUAUAAAUGAAGACAAGGGUAAGCAAAAGCCAGAGGAUAAUAGAAGGAGUUUAAAUAUUAAAAGUGAUGAAGUACAAACACAAAUUGAUGCUAGUAGAAGAGCAUCAGAGUAAGAAGCAAUUGCGUUGUUAAUGUAUGUUAAUUUAUUUUUAAAUUGUUAAUGUUUUGUUAUAAUAAAAUACUGUUUUAUUUA